AUGGUCAACGACGAUGCGUCCUGGAUCAGACAUGAGGAUGCGACGACGAACGAGACGACCGGGUCGGUAGAUGGAGGUGGUAUCGGUAAUCCGUCAACCCGCCGUGGGCCGCCCGUCAAGGCGCCUGUCAAACGCGCGUCGAAAUUAGCCAAAGAAAACGGUCUAACCGCAGACCAAGAGGCCGAGAUACGUGAGGCGUUUGGUCUGUUUGCAGUUUCACAUCCAGAUCACGACGAUUCGAGGGAAGGCGUCUUGAAGAGAGGCGACGUGCGACGGUGCCUGAUCUCUCUGAACCUCACGCCUGACAAGUCGGAAAUGUCGUCUAUUCUUUCCACAAUCGACCCGCUCAACACCGGCGUCGUUGCAUUCGUCCCCUUCCUUUCGUACGCUGCGAUCGCCAUACACUCCAAGGAACAAGGAUCCGACGAGGAGGACGAGGACGAUGAAUACCGAGAAGAGAGCAAUGCAGAGGAGGUCAGGGCAGCAUACCAGUUGUUUACGCACGGCACGGCGGGUCCCAUUACUCUAGCGCAUCUCCGACGGGUCGCCAAGGAGUUGCGAGAAGACGUGCCAGAUGACGUGUUGAAGGAUAUGAUUCUUGAGGCGAAUGGCGGGGUCAAGGGCCAGGGCAAAGACGUUGGCGGGGUCAGUCUGGAGGACUUUGAGAGGGUGAUGAAGAGGGCCGGGCUGUCGUUUGGAUGA